AUGGCAGCGUCAGUCCACAACCCGCAGCUACGCCUACUCAAUGCUCUCAGGGCCAAUGCUAAACCCAUUAUGACCUUUCUGGGCCUCCCAUCCUUUCGGACAGCGCAAAUUGUAGCUCAAACCGGUGUCGACGGCAUUAUCAUCGACUGUGAACAUGGCCACAUCAGCGACGACUCGAUGCACAGCUCAACAGCCGCAAUCGCUGCGUUAGGGGUAUCACCACUCGUCCGUCUCCGAAUGACCCACUCGGAUUUGAUUAAAAGAGCUUUGGAUGCGGGGGCACAUGGCAUUGUUGUUCCCCAAAUCAAUACAGCCGAAGAGGCCAAGGCCGUGGUCUCCUACGCUAAAUUUCCCCCUCGCGGCCUUCGUGGGCAAGGCUCGGCAUUUCCGGCCAUUACGCAUGGCAUCGACCUUCCGACGUACUUGGAAACGGCAAAUGAGACGCUGAUUACCUGUCUCCAAAUUGAAUCCAAAGCAGGAGUGGACAAUGUAGACGCUAUCUGUGCGGUUCCUGGUGUUGACAUGCUUUUCAUCGGUCCAAAUGACCUGGCACUCUCGAUCCUGGGCUAUGUCCCAGCGAAGGGUGAUGAGCCUGCUUUCGUCGACGCUAUCGAGAAGAUCGUGGCGGCAGCUCGAAAACAUGGCAAAUGGGUCGGUCGAUUGUCAAAUGAUGGGACUGCGUCAAAGGAGCAUUUGAAGGUGUUUGACACAGUGGCGAUGAGCUAUGAUAUUCGGGCGUUGCAGAACUGGUACAUGGCUGAGUUGCAAGCUGCGCGGUGUUAG